AUGUCUUUGGACCUGCCAUUAUUUCCAAAAAAUAUAGAAGAAAUGUGUAUUGUCCAUUAUUGGCUAGACAAACUUUUUCGUUGUGGUUAUGAAGAGGCCGAAUUUGACAAUAUUAUAUUCAACCCAGUCUUAAUUAAAUUACUCUUUGAAAAUGAAGUAAAGGAACUUAAUGCAAAAGAAACUACUUUAACAUAUUUAUUUGCUAAUUUUGAACUUGAAGCAAUGAAAUUUAUUAAAGAUCAUUUGAGGGUUUUUAGUAAAUUUUGUGUUGGUUUUUCUUUGUGUGAUAAUACGGAACAGUGUAAUGGAAUUAUUAUGGAUAUUUUAAACGAAGGAGCUAGAUUUCCUUAUGUUUGUAUAACUACAAGCUUGCAUCCUUCAAUACUUGAAUUAAUCGAAAACGUAAGAAAAAUACCAUAA